AUGCGACCGUAUACUGCAAAGACGGCAAGACAUUGGCGCUGUACCGAACCUGUACCGAUUGAGAUCACUGGCUCCGACCAAUAUUCGUUCGGUGACCAUCCAGUGCGUUUAUGGGUUUCCGGUGCUUCUGGCUGGUUCGAAAUAAAACCAUCGCGCCGGUUUGAGCCAAUAUUCCGCGAGAUCCACGAGGCUGUGACGCUCUACUACGGUAUCUUCGAUGCCUACAACAAUCACUUCGCGGAAAAGUCCAAAAAGAAGGGACGAAAGACUCAGCCAAGCCUGGAUACAGUCUUGUUCAAGUAUGCUCUUAAGGCAGGCAAUGGGAUCUUCCACGAGGAAGCGAAAGCUCUAUGCCACAAAUGGGCCGAUUUUCUCAUCGCCCAUUUCCCCAAGGAGGGCGCGUGUGAUGGUUGGUCCUGGGAGAAUACUGACUUCGCCAAGUGGCUGCGCGAUUCUCAUCCUGAAGUGGAAAGGAAGCUCGCAAAUAUCGUACAGGAGAUUGCUCCUCCCCUUCCUCCCCCUCCCCCCUCUCCGCCGUCUGUUAUUGUCCCCAAAGCAUCUGAAACAAGCCAACCUCCACGGAAGCGCAAGGGCAGACCUUCUAAAACAGCCAACAGGCCUAGUGAUACCCGAGAAGCCAAGAUCCAGGACUCUAUAUCAAGCAGAUCGCAUAGCCCUCAUCCUAAGCCUGCGACUAAAGUCACUCCGGUUCCUCUGCCAGAAAGAUACAGAUCGUUCAUCAAUCAACCUACCGCCCUUCAAACAUCGCAACCUACACCCGCGCGUCCUGUUGCUACAAGCCAGUCAGCGUCUAACCAGGUAUCUGGCCCAUCAACUUCAGAAACUGCAGACGAACUGAAUGAUGUGCCGAUGACGGACUCGGAUGCAGAAUCCCCGGUCGAUCGUUUGCUGAGCGUCUUUCGGGAACUUGCUGUAGAACUCGAUAUCUCCAAGGCGUCACCCUCAACAGUUUACUCGAAGUUGUUUUUUAAGUGCAAGAUGAAGGAGUAUGGGGUCGCAAAGGACAUCGUCCUCUACUACUCCAAAGAGCUCUUUGCUCGUUUGGGUCCUGAGUGGAAAGGGACACGGUUCCUGAAAUGGCUGCAGGAAGAAUCGAACAAGCCAUGGGUACCAAUGACGGGUAUCCGAGAGGAGGAUAUCCCUUCUCAGACCUACCGGCGGGCUACCAAAGCGGCAACUAAGGUACUAGCAAUUCACCAGCCACUGGCUCCGUUGCCUCGACCAAUCAACCUUCACACCAAACCCGACUUCCCAUCACAGCAAAGCGACGAGGAUAUCUCGGAUAGUGGUGUGGCAUUUUUACGUCCACGGCGUGGCCGCAAGUCCGGCAAAGUAGCCACUCUUCGCCCACUCCCUUCGACUUCCAGGAAGCGUCCCGUCUCAGAAUUGCUAGAGGACGUUUCUUCUUCCUCCGAUGACGAUGUUGGGGACGAAGUCGCUGCCAUACUUAAUCUUCCCGAGGAUAUUGCCGCUUCUGGAUCUCGUCUACCGCUGCCUGAUGGAGUCGUCCGCGUCGUGGUUCAUGCGGAACCGCUGAUGGAUACAACACCACGUGGACCCAACGGCACAUGGACAUGCGAGCACGAAGGUUGUGGGUAUGUCGUGCGGGCGGCAGAGGAGCAGGAGGGGCAGGAUCUGAUCCGUGAGCAUUUCCGUGAUCAUGAGGCUGCGGCGGAACGGGCACAGCUUGUUGUGCAGGAGAGCCGCAGCCAUGGGAACAUACCUAUCAAGUACGUCUAUGCGUGUUUCCCUCCGGUGUUGUUACUCGUUGCUUCACCGGUCUCGAGUCCUGGUUCUGGCUCCCAAGUGGAAGCCAGGGGGUGA